UUACUGGGACACGGCGUAUGACAGUGAUGUAAUGGACAACCGAGUGGGACUGAACCUAUUAUACGCUCAGGUGAGGGAUCAUAGGUCACACAGAGGUCAUACUGGUUGUCUGUUGGCUUUUUUUUUCUUAAUUUGGGGUAGAUGGGUAUUUUGAAUGAUCAAGCAGGUCUGAAGCUUAGGUUUGUGUUUAGGAUUUCGGAUUAAAUCUCCUGUAUACCUGAAACUGCUUCCUCUUAGGGCAAAAAAAUGAAACCACAGAGCAUUUUGGUCCUUUAAAAACCUGCUGGGAAACUAUAAAUGUGACUCUGGAUGACAAUGAUGUUUGUUUCCAACAUUAGGGCUGUUUUUCUAAAGUAGCUAAAUGUGCUUAGUGUUUUGUUUCCUUGCCACGAUACUAACGAGUAUCAUGAUACUGGUAUGGUCCCGGCCCUCCUUCCUUCCUGGUAUGGUCCCGGCCCUCCUUCCUUCCUGGUAUGGUCCCGGCCCUCCUUCCUUCCUGGUAUGGUCCCGGCCCUACUUCCUUCCUUCCUGGUAUGGUCCCGGCCCUCCUUCCUUCCUGGUAUGGUCCCGGCCCUCCUUCCUUCCUGGUAUGGUCCCGGCCCUCCUUCCUUCCUGGUAUGGUCCCGGCCCUCCUUCCUUACUGGUAUGGUCCCGGCCCUCCUUCCUUACUGGUAUGGUCCCGGCCCUCCUUCCUGGUAUGGUCCCGGCCCUACUUCCUUCCUGGUAUGGUCCCGGCCCUACUUCCUUCCUGGUAUGGUCCCGGCCCUCCUUCCUUCCUUACUGGUAUGGUCCCGGCCCUACUUCCUUCCUUACUGGUAUGGUCCCGGCCCUACUUCCUUCCUUACUGGUAUAGUCCCGGCCCUACUUCCUUCCUUCCUGGUAUGGUCCUGGCCCUACUUCCUUCCUUCCUGGUAUGGUCCCGGCCCUACUUCCUUCCUUCCUGGUAUGGUCCCGGCCCUCCUUCCUUCCUUACUAGUAUGGUCCCGGCCCUACUUCCUUCCUCGUAUGGUCCCGGCCCUACUUCCUUCCUGGUAUGGUCCCGGCCCUACUUCCUUACUGGUAUGGUCCCGGCCCUACUUCCUUACUGGUAUGGUCCCGGCCCUACUUCCUUCCUGGUAUGGUCCCGGCCCUACUUCCUUCCUUCCUGGUAUGGUCCCGGCCCUACUUCCUUCCUUACUGGUAUGGUCCCGGCCCUACUUCCUUCCUUACUGGUAUGGUCCCGGCCCUACUUCCUUCCUUACUGGUAUGGUCCCGGCCCUACUUCCUUCCUUACUGGUAUGGUCCCGGCCCUACUUCCUUCCUUACUGGUAUGGUCCCGGCCCUACUUCCUUCCUUCCUGGUAUGGUCCCGGCCCUCCUUCCUUCCUUACUAGUAUGGUCCCGGCCCUACUUCCUUCCUGGUAUGGUCCCGGCCCUACUUCCUUCCUCGUAUGGUCCCGGCCCUACUUCCUUCCUGGUAUGGUCCCGGCCCUACUUCCUUACUGGUAUGGUCCCGGCCCUACUUCCGUCCUGGUAUGGUCCCGGCCCUCCUUCCUUCCUGGUGUGGUCCCGGCCCUCCUUCUUUCCUGGUAUGGUCCCGGCCCUACUUCCUUCCUGGUAUGGUCCCGGCCCUACUUCCUUACUGGUAUGGUCCCGGCCAUACUUCCUUACUGGUAUGGUCCCGGCCCUACUUCCUUCCUGGUAUGGUCCCGGCCCUACUUCCUUCCUUACUGGUAUGGUCCCUCCCGGCCCUACUUCCUUCCUUACUGGUAUGGUCCCUCCCGGCCCUACUUCCUUCCUUACUGGUAUGGUCCCGGCCUUACUUCCUUACUGGUAUGGUCCCUGCCCUACUUCCUUCCUGGUAUGGUCCCGGCCCUCCUUCCUUCCUGGUAUGGUCCCGGCCCUCCUUCCUUCCUGGUAUGGCCCCGGCCCUACUUCCUUCCUGGUAUGGCCCCGGCCCUACUUCCUUCCUGGUAUGGUCCCGGCCCUACUUCCUUCCUGGUAUGGUCCCGGCCCUACUUCCUUACUGGUAUGGUCCCGGCCCUACUUCCUUCCUGGUAUGGUCCCGGCCCUACUUCCUUCCUGGUAUGGUCCCGGCCCUACUUCCUUCCUGGUAUGGUCCCGGCCCUACUUCCUUCCUGGUAUGGUCCCGGUCCUACUUCCUUACUGGUAUGGUCCCGGCCCUACUUCCUUCCUGGUAUGGUCCCGGCCCCUACUUCCUUACUGGUAUGGUCCCGGCCCUACUUCCUUCCUGGUAUGGUCCCGGCCCUCCUUCCUUCCUUACUGGUAUGGUCCCGGCCCUACUUCCUUCCUUACUGGUAUGGUCCCGGCCCUACUUCCUUCCUUACUGGUAUGGUCCCGGCCCUACUUCCUUCCUUACUGGUAUGGUCCCGGCCCUACUUCCUUCCUUCCUGUUAUGGUCCCGGCCCUACUUCCUUCCCUCCUGGUAUGGUCCCGGCCCUCCUUCCUUCCUUACUAGUAUGGUCCUGGCCCUACUUCCUUCCUGGUAUGGUCCCGGCCCUACUUCCUUCCUGGUAUGGUCCCGGCCCUACUUCCUUCCUGGUAUGGUCCCGGCCCUCCUUCCUUCCUGGUAUGGUCCCGGCCCUACUUCCUUCCUUCCUGGUAUGGUCCCGGCCCUACUUCCUUCCUUACUGGUAUGGUCCCGGCCCUACUUCCUUCCUUACUGGUAUGGUCCCGGCCCUACUUCCUUCCUUCCUGGUAUGGUCCCUGCCCUCCUUCCUUCCUGGUAUGGUCCCGGCCCUCCUUCCUUCCUUACUAGUAUGGUCCCGGCCCUACUUCCUUCCUGGUAUGGUCCCGGCCCUACUUCCUUCCUCGUAUGGUCCCGGCCCUACUUCCUUCCUGGUAUGGUCCCGGCCCUACUUCCUUACUGGUAUGGUCCCGGCCCUACUUCCUUCCUGGUAUGGUCCCGGCCCUACUUCCUUCCUGGUAUGGUCCCGGCCCUACUUCCUUCCUGGUAUGGUCCCGGCCCUACUUCCUUACUGGUAUGGUCCCGGCCCUACUUCCUUCCUGGUAUGGUCCCGGCCCCUACUUCCUUACUGGUAUGGUCCCGGCCCUACUUCCUUCCUGGUAUGGUCCCGGCCCUCCUUCCUUCCUUACUGGUAUGGUCCCGGCCCUACUUCCUUCCUUACUGGUAUGGUCCCGGCCCUACUUCCUUCCUUACUGGUAUGGUCCCGGCCCUACUUCCUUCCUUACUGGUAUGGUCCCGGCCCUACUUCCUUCCUUACUGGUAUGGUCCCGGCCCUACUUCCUUCCUUCCUGUUAUGGUCCCGGCCCUACUUCCUUCCUUCCUGGUAUGGUCCCGGCCCUCCUUCCUUCCUUACUAGUAUGGUCCUGGCCCUACUUCCUUCCUGGUAUGGUCCCGGCCCUACUUCCUUCCUGGUAUGGUCCCGGCCCUCCUUCCUUCCUGGUAUGGUCCCGGCCCUACUUCCUUCCUUCCUGGUAUGGUCCCGGCCCUACUUCCUUCCUUACUGGUAUGGUCCCGGCCCUACUUCCUUCCUUACUGGUAUGGUCCCGGCCCUACUUCCUUCCUUCCUGGUAUGGUCCCUGCCCUCCUUCCUUCCUGGUAUGGUCCCGGCCCUCCUUCCUUCCUUACUAGUAUGGUCCCGGCCCUACUUCCUUCCUGGUAUGGUCCCGGCCCUACUUCCUUCCUCGUAUGGUCCCGGCCCUACUUCCUUCCUGGUAUGGUCCCGGCCCUACUUCCUUACUGGUAUGGUCCCGGCCCUACUUCCUUCCUGGUAUGGUCCCGGCCCUCCUUCCUUCCUGGUAUGGUCCCGGCCCUCCUUCUUUCCUGUUAUGGUCCCGGCCCUACUUCCUUCCUGGUAUGGUCCCGGCCCUACUUCCUUACUGGUAUGGUCCCGGCCCUACUUCCUUACUGGUAUGGUCCCGGCCCUACUUCCUUCCUGGUAUGGUCCCGGCCCUCCUUCCUUACUGGUAUGGUCCCUCCCGGCCCUACUUCCUUCCUUACUGGUAUGGUCCCUCCCGGCCCUACUUCCUUCCUUACUGGUAUGGUCCCGGCCUUACUUCCUUCCUGGUAUGGUCCCGGCCUUACUUCCUUACUGGUAUGGUCCCGGCCCUACUUCCUUCCUGGUAUGGUCCCGGCCCUCCUUCCUUCCUGGUAUGGUCCCGGCCCUCCUUCCUUCCUGGUAUGGUCCCGGCCCUACUUCCUUCCUGGUAUGGCCCCGGCCCUACUUCCUUCCUGGUAUGGUCCCGGCCCUACUUCCUUACUGGUAUGGUCCCGGCCCUACUUCCUUCCUGGAAUGGUCCCGGCCCUACUUCCUUACUGGUAUGGUCCCGGCCCUACUUCCUUCCUGGAAUGGUCCCGGCCCUACUUCCUUCCUGGUAUGGUCCCGGCCCUACUUCCUUACUGGUAUGGUCCCGGCCCCUACUUCCUUCCUUACUGGUAUGGUCCCGGCCCUACUUCCUUCCUUACUGGUAUGGUCCCGGCCCUACUUCCUUCCUUACUGGUAUGGUCCCGGCCCUCCUUCCUUCCUGGUAUGGUCCCGGCCCUACUUCCUUCCUGGUAUGGGUCCCGGCCCUCCUUCCUUACUGGUAUUGUCCCGGCCCUCCUUCCUUCCUGGUAUGGUCCCGGCCCUACUUCCUUCCUGGUAUUGUCCCGGCCCUCCUUCCUUCCUGGUAUGGUCCCGGCCCUACUUCCUUCCUGGUAUGGUCCCGGCCCUCCUUCCUUCCUGGUAUGGUCCCGGCCCUCCUUCCUUCCUGGUAUGGUCCCGGCCCUCCUUCCUUCCUGGUAUGGGUCCCGGCCCUCUUUCCUUACUGGUAUUGUCCCGGCCCUCCUUCCUUCCUGGUAUGGUCCCGGCCCUACUUCCUUCCUGGUAUGGUCCCGGCCCUACUUCCUUCCUGGUAUGGUCCCGGCCCUACUUCCUUCCUGGUAUGGUCCCGGCCCUACUUCCUUCCUGGUAUGGGUCCCGGCCCUCCUUCCUUACUGGUAUGGUCCCGGCCCUCCUUCCUUCCUGGUAUGUCCCAAAUGACACCCUACUCCCUAUAUAGGGCCCAUAGGCCUCUUGUCUAAAGCAGUGCACUAUAUAGGGAGUAGGGUGCCAUUUGGAACACAUCCCAUGUCUUUUUAUAGCAACACCCCAUCACCCAGAUACAGCAGCAACAUGAUGGUGUUUUCCUGAGCAUUUCAGAGAUGGUUGAUCUGAUCUGGCUGCUGUGUCAGCUCGGUGUGGGGGUCUAGCUAAUGUUAUGGGCCAAAGGAUGCAAUAUUUUAUCGGAAAGAGAGAAUCGGCAAACGUGCGUUUUCAUGUGCGUGUGUGUGUGUGUUUACCAUUGUGUGCAACGUGUGUGUGCCAUUGACUUGUAUAUGUGUGUAUGCAGCUGCCAACUGUGUGUGUGUGUGUGUGUGUGUGUGUGUGUGUGUGUGUGCAAUUCUACUUGAACAAACAACAGUGGAAUAGUUAGUUUUGGACUUAAAACUGAAGAACAGUUUUAUGUAAGCCUCAACGAGGAUGCUUUGGAGCAGAAAGAUUAAACUUGUCUCUCUUCUCUCCCAAGACGGUGUCGGACAUAGAUGGAGGCUGGAUACUCGUUAACAAGGACCAGCACAGACAGCUCAAGUCACUGCAGGAGAAAGGCUCCAAGAAGGAAGUAAGUAAGACUGUCUCCUAGAACUAGAGAGUGACAGUAUUAUAGUAGAAGAAGAGUUGAAUGGGUUGGAGGCCUCUUCUACCCAAGCUGGUGGAGAGUGACAGUAUUAUAGUAGAAGAAGAGUUGAAUGGGUUGGAGGCCUCUUCUACCCAAGCUGGUGGAGAGUGACAGUAUUAUAGUAGAAGAAGAGUUGAAUGGGUUGGAGGCCUCUUCUACCCAAGCUGGUGGAGAGUGACAGGAUUAUAGUAGAAGAAGAGCUGAAUGGGUUGGAGUCUAAAUCUCCUGUAUAGUUUUUAUAAAAGUGGAGCGAUGGUUUCCAAUCAACUACAUAGUAACUUUGUAGGUAGAUGCACAAUAAAUAUUUAACCAACUUAUCUCCAGACACCCUUUUAGAAAGAUAUUUUGGAUUUUAAAAAAUGCACCUAUUAUAGAAAACAGGCUCUGUCGUAGCCGGCCGCGACCGGGAGAACCAUGGGGGCGGCAGGGAUGUAGCUCAGUUGGUAGAGCAUGGCGUUUGCAACGCCAGGGUUGUGGGUUCGCUUCCCACUGGGGGCCAGUAUGAAAAAUAAAAUAAUGUAUGCACUCACUAACUGUAAGUCGCUCUGGAUAAGAGCGUCUGCUAAAUGACUAAAAUGUAAAUGUAAAAGGUCAUGGUGUAGACGUUGUCAGACUUUUAUAUUUUUUGUGAUUUUCUAGUGGGUCAUGUCUUUCUACCUGUUUCUCCAGUUCAUUCAGCUAGUUCAUGUCUUUCUACCUGUUUCUCCAGUUCAUUCAGCUAGUUCAUGUCUUUCUACCUGUUUCUCCAGUUCAUUAGGCUAGUUCGUCUUUCUACCUGUUUCUCCAGUUCAUUCAGCUAGUUCAUGUCUUUCUACCUGUUUCUCCAGUUCAUUAGGCUAGUUCAUGUCUUUCUACCUGUUUCUCCAGUUCAUUCGGCUAGUUCAUGUCUUUCUACCUGUUUCUCCAGUUCAUUCAGCUAGUUCAUGUCUUUCUACCUGUUUCUCCAGUCCAUUCAGCUAGUUCAUGUCUUUCUACCUGUUUCUCCAGUUCAUUAGGCUAGUUCAUGUCUUUCUACCUGUUUCUCCAGUUCAUUCAGCUAGUUAAUGUCUUUCUACCUGCUUCUCCAGUUCAUUCAGCUAGUUCAUGUCUUUCUACAUGUUUCUCCAGUUCAUUCAGCUAGUUCAUGUCUUUCUACCUGUUUCUCCAGUUAAUUCAGCUAGUUCAUGUCUUUCUACCUGUUUCUCCAGUUCAUUCAGCUAGUUCAUGUCUUUCUACCUGUUUCUCCAGUUCAUUCAGCUAGUUCACGUCUUUCUACCUGUUUCUCCAGUUCAUUCGGCUAGUUCAUGUCUUUCAACCUGUUUCUCCAGUUCAUUCGCUAGUUCAUGUCUUUCUACCUGUUUCUCCAGUUCAUUCAGCUAGUUUUUUUAUUUUAUUUUAUUUCACCUUUAUUUAACCAGGUAAACCAGUUGAGAACAAGUUCUCAUUUACAACUGCGACCUGGCCAAGAUAAAGCAAAGCAGUGCGAAAACAACAACACAGAGUUACAUAUGGGGUAAAACAAAACAAAGUCAAAAAUACAACAGAAAUACAUAUAAUAUACAGUGUGUGCAAAUUUAGCAAGUUAUGGAGGUAAGGCAAUAAAAUAGGCUAUAGUGCAAAAUAAUUACAAUUAGUAUUAACACUGGAAUGAUAGAUGUGCAAGAGAUGAUGUGCAAAUAGAGAUACUGGGGUACAAGUUCAUGUCUUUCUACCUGUUUCUCCAGUUCAUUCGGCUAGUUCAUGUCUUUCUACCUGUUUCUCCAGUUCAUUCGGCUAGUUCAUGUCUUUCUACCUGUUUCUCCAGUUCAUUCAGCUAGUUCAUGUCUUUCUACCUGUUUCUCCAGUCCAUUCAGCUAGUUCAUGUCUUUCUACCUGUUUCUCCAGUUCAUUAGGCUAGUUCAUGUCUUUCUACCUGUUUCUCCAGUUCAUUCAGCUAGUUAAUGUCUUUCUACCUGCUUCUCCAGUUCAUUCAGCUAGUUCAUGUCUUUCUACAUGUUUCUCCAGUUCAUUCAGCUAGUUCAUGUCUUUCUACCUGUUUCUCCAGUUCAUUCAGCUAGUUCAUGUCUUUCUACCUGUUUCUCCAGUUCAUUCAGCUAGUUCAUGUCUUUCUACCUGUUUCUCCAGUUCAUUCAGCUAGUUCACGUCUUUCUACCUGUUUCUCCAGUUCAUUCGGCUAGUUCAUGUCUUUCAACCUGUUUCUCCAGUUCAUUCGCUAGUUCAUGUCUUUCUACCUGUUUCUCCAGUUCAUUCAGCUAGUUUUUUUAUUUUAUUUUAUUUCACCUUUAUUUAACCAGGUAAACCAGUUGAGAACAAGUUCUCAUUUACAACUGCGACCUGGCCAAGAUAAAGCAAAGCAGUGCGAAAACAACAACACAGAGUUACAUAUGGGGUAAAACAAAACAAAGUCAAAAAUACAACAGAAAUACAUAUAAUAUACAGUGUGUGCAAAUUUAGCAAGUUAUGGAGGUAAGGCAAUAAAAUAGGCUAUAGUGCAAAAUAAUUACAAUUAGUAUUAACACUGGAAUGAUAGAUGUGCAAGAGAUGAUGUGCAAAUAGAGAUACUGGGGUACAAGUUCAUGUCUUUCUACCUGUUUCUCCAGUUCAUUCGGCUAGUUCAUGUCUUUCUACCUGUUUCUCCAGUUCAUUCGGCUAGUUCAUGUCUUUCUACCUGUUUCUCCAGUUCAUUCAGCUAGUUCAUGUCUUUCUACCUGUUUCUCCAGUUCAUUCAGCUAGUUCAUGUCUUUCUACCCGUUUCUCCAGUUCAUUAGGCUAGGUCAUGUCUUUCUACCUGUUUCUCCAGUUCAUUCGGCUAGGUCAUGUCUUUCUACCUGUUUCUCCAGUUCAUUCAGCUAGUUCAUGUCUUUCUACCUGUUUCUCCAGUUCAUUCAGCUAGUUCAUGUCUUUCUACCUGUUUCUCCAGUUCAUUCGGCUAGUUCAUGUCUUUCUACCUGUUUCUCUAGUUCAUUCAGCUAGUUCAUGUCUUUCUACCUGUUUCUCCAGUUCAUUAGGCUAGGUCAUGUCUUUCUACCUGUUUCUCCAGUUCAUUCAGCUAGUUCAUGUCUUUCUACCUGUUUCUCCAGUUCAUUAGGCUAGGUCAUGUAUUUCUACCUGUUUCUCCAGUUCAUUAGGCUAGGUCAUGUCUUUCUACCUGUUUCCCCAGUUCAUUAGGCUAGUUCAUGUCUUUCUACCUGUUUCUCCAGUUCAUUAGGCUAGGUCAUGUCUUUCUACCUGUUUCUCCAGUUCAUUAGGCUAGGUCAUGUCUUUCUACCUGUUUCCCCAGUUCAUUCAGCUAGUUCAUGUCUUUCUACCUGUUUCUCCAGUUCAUUCGGCUAGUUCAUGUCUUUCUACCUGUUUCUCCAGUUCAUUCGGCUAGUUCAUGUCUUUCUACCUGUUUCUCCAGUUCAUUCAGCUAGUUCAUGUCUUUCUACCUGUUUCUCCAGUUCAUUAGGCUAGGUCAUGUCUUUCUACCUGUUUCUCCAGUUCAUUCAGCUAGUUCAUGUCUUUCUACCUGUUUCUCCAGUUCAAUCAGCUAGUUCAUGUCUUUCUACCUGUUUCUCCAGUUCAUUAGGCUAGGUCAUGUCUUUCUACCUGUUUCUCCAGUUCAUUAGGCUAGGUCAUGUCUUUCUACCUGUUUCUCCAGUUCAUUAGGCUAGUUCAUGUCUUUUACCUGUUUCUCCAGUUCAUUCGGCUAGUUCAUGUCUUUCUACCUGUUUCUCCAGUUCAUUAGGCUAGGUCAUGUCUUUCUACCUGUUUCUCCAGUUCAUUCAGCUAGUUCAUGUCUUUCUACCUGUUUCCCCAGUUCAUUAGGCUAGUUCAUGUCUUUCUACCUGUUUCUCCAGUUCAUUCAGCUAGUUCAUGUCUUUCUACCUGUUUCUCCAGUUCAUUCAGCUAGUUCAUGUCUUUCUACCUGUUUCUCCAGUUCAUUAGGCUAGGUCAUGUCUUUCUACCUGUUUCUCCAGUUCAUUAGGCUAGGUCAUGUCUUUCUACCUGUUUCCCCAGUUCAUUAGGCUAGUUCAUGUCUUUCUACCUGUUUCUCCAGUUCAUUCGGCUAGUUCAUGUCUUUCUACCUGUUUCUCCAGUUCAUUCAGCUAGUUCAUGUCUUUCUACCUGUUUCUCCAGUUCAUUCAGCUAGUUCAUGUCUUUUUACCUGUUUCUCCAGUUCAUUAGGCUAGUUCAUGUCUUUCUACCUGUUUCUCCAGUUCAUUAGGCUAGGUCAUGUCUUUCUACCUGUUUCUCCAGUUCAUUCGGCUAGUUCAUGUCUUUCUACCUGUUUCUCCAGUUCAUUCGGCUAGGUCAUGUCUUUCUACCUGUUUCCCCAGUUCAUUAGGCUAGUUCAUGUCUUUCUACCUGUUUCUCCAGUUCAUUCAGCUAGUUCAUGUCUUUCUACCUGUUUCUCCAGUUCAUUCAGCUAGUUCAUGUCUUUCUACCUGUUUCUCCAGUUCAUUAGGCUAGUUCAUGUCUUUCUACCUGUUUCUCCAGUUCAUUCAGCUAGUUCAUGUCUUUCUACCUGUUUCUCCAGUUCAUUCAGCUAGUUCAUGUCUUUCUACCUGUUUCUCCAGUUCAUUCAGCUAGUUCAUGUCUUUCUACCUGUUUCUCCAGUUCAUUUUGCUAGGUCAGACGCUGAAGUACUUCGGCUACAUCAAGUUUGACCCGUGCGUGACAGACUUCCCGGAGAAGGGCUGUCACGUGAUCGUCUCCGCGGGCAACAACGAGCUCAACUUCCAGGUCAAGCUGCCCAAUGAACAGAUGAAGGAGGGGAGCUUCAAGGUCACGCGCAUGAGGUGCUGGCGGGUCACUUCUUCUGUAAGUAACCCACCCCAAAUUAAGUUACUCUAUUCUAAUCUACUCUAUUUUAAGGGUCCUCUGAACGCUGUAUUAGGAGGAGGGUGAAGUUGUUCUCUACGGUCAGUUUUACAAGGGGGGAGGGUUCUGCAGAGGGAACCAAUUUCAUCAUUCAGGUUGGAAUCCAUCCAAAUUAUGACCGCAUUGGCGUGAGCUUGACCUCUUCCGCUCUCCCCUCGCUCCCCCUCUCCUUUCUCCCCCAUUCCCUUCCCCCUUCUCAUUAACCCUCCGCAGCGUACCAGGCACAUGCUUCUGUUCCUCUCCUCUGGGUAAACUGCUGAGCUCUACACCAUCGCUCUUCAUCAGGCUACUAACACCCACAACUCCAGAGAUCCUUUAUCGUAUUUGUCUCCCAUCCAGAGAGCUGUAUGCUAAUUCUACGGGUAGCAGGAAGGGACAUGUAGGAGGAAAGAAAUGUCAUUGCUUGACUACAGUUUGAAUGUCUUCUCCACACACCUCUAUAAAGCACAUCUAUAAAGUACAUUUUUACAUUUUAGUCAUUUUUAGCAGACGCUCUUAUCCAGAGCGACUUACAGUUAGUGAGUGCAAUUUUUUUUUUAUACAUGCAGUGCCUUCAUGAAAGUUUUCACACCCCUUGACUUUAAAAUGGAUUAAAUAUUGAGAUUUUGUGUCACUGGCCUACACACAAUACCCCAUAAUGUCAAAGUGGAAUUAUGUUUUUAGAUAUAUUUAGAAAUGAAUUAAUAAUGAAAAGCUGAAAUGUCUUUAGUCAAUAAGUAUUCAACCCCUUUGUUACGGCAAGCCUAAAGUUAAUAACAUAAUGAGUUGCAUGGACUCACUCUGUGUGCAAUAAUAGUGUUUAACAUGAUUUUUUAAUGACUACCUCGUCUCUGUACCCCACACAUACAGUCAUGUUCUGGGUAUGCUUGUAAUCGUUAAGGACUGGGGAAUUCUUCAGGGAAAAAAAUUAACGGAAUGGAGCUAAGCACAGGCAAAAUCCUAGAGGAAAACCUGGUUCAGUCUGCUUUCCACCAGACACUGAGACACUGAGAUUAAUUCACCUUUCAGCAGGACAAUAACCUACAACACAAGGCCAAAUCUACACUGGAGUUGCUCACCAAGAAGACAGUGAAUGUUUCUGAGUGGCCGAGUUACAGUUUUAACUUAAAUCUGAUUGAAAAUAUAUGGCAAGACCUGAAAAUGGUUGUCUAGCAAUAAUCAACAACCAAUUUAAACGAUAUUGAAGAUUUAAAAAAAUAAUAAUGGGCAAAUAUUGUACAAUCCAGGUAGGGUUGGGCAGUAUACAGAUGUUCAUAUCGUCAUACCGUCCUUCUCUCAUCCUGGGAUUUACGGUAUUACUGUCUUAGUACACAAGGGGGCGCCAAAGAAAGCAAAAAGGCCAUUGGGCGUCUGUUACAGUGCAAACAAAAUUUGCCAAGUAAUAGGGGAAUUUCCAGGGAGGCUGCUAGCUCAAAUAUGCAAAUGAGUGCAAACAACUCUUUUUUUUGUUUGGUUUGUUGUUGCAAAACAGGCAGUCCAGCUCAAAGUUUUUACAUUAUGGGGAGGGCUCCGAUGUCUGUUUGAAUGAUGUGAAUGUGAACGGGGGACAAAUGAACAGUCCCUGGCUUGUGGGGGCAGAGUGUAAAAUCUGGUCUGUGUAGUCUGGAGUCACUAGGGCACGGGCCGGGCCUGCUCGCUCGGAGUCGCUAGGCAACGGGCCUGCCUGCUCUGCUCGGAGUCGCUAGGGCAACGGGCCUGCUGCUCUCUGGGAGUGCUAGGGACGGGCCUGCCUGCUCUGCUCGGAGUCGCUAGGGCAACGGGCCUGCCUUGCUCUGCUCGGAGUCGCUAGGGCAACGGGCCUCCCUUUGCUCUGCUGGGAAAGUCCUAGGGCAACGGGCCUGCCUGCUCUGCUCGGAGAAACGGGGGAGGAGCCAGAACAGAGAGGAGGAAACAACACAAGAAAAAAAUAGAGAAAUGAGGAUAACUCAUCCAAAAGGCUUUACUUUAAACACGCAGAAAAGCCAACACAAUAUGAUGCACCGUAACUUAAUUAAUUCAGCCACUUCCCUGGAUAACUAGCAAGUUAAACUUAGGGGUCGCCUAAUCCACAAUUCUUUUGUUUUUCACACUGGAAAAAAUAUAUAAAACGCACAAGAAAAAUCAUGAGGCGUUUUGUAAAAAUCGUAUGUAAAAAGUAUUGUUUUUGUAAUUUCUGCUCAGCAUCAGACUCAUUUUGUGUUUCAGUUGAACUUCUAAACUCAGAUUUAGAAUUCACUAACUGUCAUUCUAUCAGCUGACCGUACUUUUCUCAGUGUAGCCAGCCCCACUUUUCUCCCGGUAAAAUGCAAGAUUAACUUUAAGAAAAACAUUAGAAAAUGUAGCUGGCUACAUUAUUUCUAUGAUAACUUAGAAAUAUGAUGGCCAUGCAUAGUUUUUUAGCAAAAAUACCUUUUUCUUUUAACUCAUUUAGCCCCCUACUUGUGGCUUGCCACCAAAUAGCUUGCACUUCUGUUGUCAUCUGUUGAAAAUGGUUAUUUUUCUGAUGAAGGUGUUUCACUAAUGUAUUUUCGUUUAACAAAACUAAGUUGCAUGUCCUUUUCACUCUAUUGAAGGAAAAAACCAGACUUUCAAUUAAAACGGGACACCAAUUGUCAACACACAGCAGGCUCCCACUUUCACCCGUUGUGCUGUUUCCCAAACAAACACGUGACUGGCUCAAACGUUCUGGGGAAUAUGGGUUAAGCUCAUUUAAGGUCAAAAUAAAUGUGAAUGUGUGUGAAAGAAAAACAUUUUAUGUAAAUUAUGACAAGUUGAUGCGGUAAUUAUUAAAAGGAGCAAAAAAAAUGGUCUUGGAAAAACCAUUUCCCAGGCUAUUUCCAAAAAAGGGGGGGGGGAAGGGGCCCAAGGGAAACAAAAAAGCCAUGGGUUUCCAAAAGGCUUUUAAAAUUUUCCCCCCCCGAAAAAAAAACAAAUUUACACCUAAUUUUUUAUUGCCACCCGGAUAAAAAUUAUUAGGGGGGCUACCAAAUUUUUGUUUUAUGAUUGGGAAAAAAGACAAAGAAAUACUGGCUUUUGGACCGUGUAAUCUGUGUUUUGUAAUUUUGGUCAAGCAAGCUGUGUCGUGGAAUCUACCCAAGGGGUUACUCUGUCAUCUAAGGGGAAGGCCUUUCUCUGGCCAGCGUUUCCCGGAAAAGCGUUGUUGACACAGGGAAAGGGCUGCUUUUCGAUCCCGGGGAAGUGCCUGCCUGCUGGGUCAAACCGGGUUUUCUUUUCUAUGAGCCUAGGAAGGUGCCUGCGCCUAGCGUUGGGGAACCUCCUGUUGUCAUCGUUGGGAAGGUUCUCUGAGGGUUUACUAAGACCCCCCUCUGCUCGGAGUCGCUAGGGCAACGGGCCUGCUGCUCUGCUCGGAGUCACUAGGGCAACGGGCUGCUUGCUCGGGUCACUAGGGCAACGGGCCCCUGCUCUGCUCGAGUCUAGGGCAACGGGCCGCCUGUCUGCUCGGGUCGCUAGGGCAACGGGCCUCCCUGCCGCUCGGAGUCGUAGGGCAACGGGCUGCCUGCUUGCUCGGAGUCACUAGGGCAACGGGCCUGCCUGCUCUGAUAGCUCGGAGAAGGCUACGUCGAGUCGUAGGGCAACGGCUGCCUGUUGAUCGGAGGAAGCAAGGACAGGAGGGAGAGCCAGAACAGGAGGAGGAAACACACACAAGGAAAUCAAAAGAUAGCAGCAUUAGGAUAACUCAUCCAAAAGGCUUUUCAAACACGGCAGAAAAGCCAACACAAUAUGAUGCACCGUAACUUCAUUAAUUCAGCCACUUCCUUGGAUAACUAGCAAGUUAAACUUAGGGGUCGCGCUAAUCCACAAUUAUUUUGUUUUUCACACUGGAAAAAAUAUAUAAAACGCACAAGAAAUAUCAUGAGGCGUUUUGUAAACUCGUAUGUAAAAUGUAUUGUUUUUGUAAUUUCUGCUCAGCAUCAGACUCAUUUUGUGUUUCAGUUGAACUUCUAAACUCAGAUGAGAAUUCACUAACUGGCAUUCUAUCAGCUGACAGUACUUUUAUCAGUGUAGCCAGCCGACUUUUCUCCCGGUAAAAUGCAAGAUUAACUUUAAGAAAAACAUUAGAAAAUGUAGCUGGCUACAUUAUUUCUAUGAUAAACUUUAGAAAUAUGAUGGCCAUGCAUAGUUCUUUAGCAAAAAAUACAUUUUUCCCGCUUUCACCCGUUGUGCUGUUUACAAACAAACACGUGACUGGCUCAAACGUUCUGGGGAACUACGGUAAGCUUCAUAAUGUCAAAUAAUGUGACCGGUGAAAGAACGCAAUCUGCUUUAUCGACUAACAUACUGCACAAGUUGACUGCAGGUAUUUACUUAAAAAGGAGCUACACAUUUUUUUUUUUUUAAUGGUCUUGGAAAACCAUCCCAUGGCUAUUUCCAAAUACCCCGUUAUACGAUAUACCGCCCAAGCCUAAAUCCAGGUGUGCAAAGCUCUUAGAGACUUACCCAGAAAGACUCACAGCUGUAAUCGUUGCCAAAGGUAAUUCUAACAUGUAAUGACUCAGGGGUGUGAAUACUUAUGUAAAUUAGAUAUUUCUGUACUUAAUUUUCAAUGAAUGUGCAAAAAUUUCUAAAGACAUGUUUUCACUUUGUCAUAAUGGGAUACUGUGUGUAGAUUGUGAGAAAAAAAUUAUGUUUAAUCCAUUUAGAAUUCAGGCUGUACCACAACAAUGUGGAAUAAGUCAACGGGUAUGAACACUUUCUGAAGGCAUACAGUUGAAGUCGGAAGUUUACAUACACCUUAGCCUAAUACAUUUAAACUCAGUUUCUCACAAUUCCUGACAUUUAAUCCUAGUAAGAAUUCCCUGUCUUAGGUCAGUUAGGAUCACCACUUUAUUUUAAGAAUGUGAAAUGUCAGAAUAAUAGUAGAGAGAAUGAUUUAUUUCAGCUUUUAUUUCUUUCAUCACAUUCCCAGUGGGUCAGAAGUUUACAUACACUCAAUUUGUAUUUGGUAGCAUUGUCUUUAAAUUGUUUAACUUGGGUCAAACGUUUCGGGUAGCCUUCCACAAGCUUCCCACAAUAAGUUGGGUGAAUUUUGGCCCAUUCCUCCUGACAGAGCUGGUGUAACUGAGUCAGGUUUGUAGGCCUCCUUGCUCGCACACGCUUUUUCAGUUCUGCCCACAAAUUUUCUAUAGGAUUGAGGUCAGGGCUUUGUGAUGGCCACUCCAAUACCUUGACUUUGUUGUCCUUAAGCCAUUUUGCCACAACUUUGGAAGUAUGCUUGGGGUCAUUGUCCAUUUGGAAGACCCAUUUGCGACCAAGCUUUAACUUCCUGACUGAUGUCUUGAGAUGUUGCUUCAAUAUAGCCAUAUAAUUUUCCUUCGUCAUGAUGCCAUCCAUUUUGUGAAGUGCACCAGUCCCUCCUGCAGCAAAGCACCCCCACAGCAUGAUGCUGCCACCCCCGUGCUUCACGGUUGGGAUGGUGUUCUUCAGCUUGCAAGCCACCCCCUUUUUCCUCCAAACAUAACGAUGGUCAUUAUGUCCAAACAAUUCUUUUUUUGUUUCAUCAGACCAGAGGACAUUUCUCCAAAAAGUACGAUCUUUGUCCCCAUGUGCAGUUGCAAACCAUAGUCUGGCUUUUUUAUGGUGGUUUUGGAGCAGUGGCUUCUUCCUUGCUCAGCAGCCUUUCAGGUUAUGUCGACAUAGGACUCAUUUUACUGUGGAUAUAAAUACGUUUGUACCUGUUUCCUCCAGCAUCGUCACAAGGUCCUUUGCUGUUGUUCUGGGAUUGAUUUGCACUUUUCGCACCAAAGUACGUUCAUCUCUAGGAGACAGAACGCGUCUCCUCCGUGAGCGGUAUGACGGCUGCGUGGUCCCAUGGUGUUUAUACUUGCGUACUAUUGUUUGUACAGAUGAACGUGGUACCUUCAGGCGUUUGGAAAUUGCUCCCAAGGAUGAACCAGACUUGUGGAGGUCUACAAUAAUUUUUCUGAGGUCUUGUCUGAUUUCUUUUCAUUUUCCCAUGAUGUCAAGCAAAGAGGCACUGAGUUUGAAGGUAGGCCUUGAAAUACAUCCACAGGUACACCUCCAAUUGACUCAAAUGAUGUCAAUUAGCCUAUCAGAAGCUUCUAAAGCCAUGACAUCAUUUUCUGGAAUUUUCCAAGCUGUUUAAAGGCACAGUCAACUUAGUGUAUGUAAACUUGUAUAUGAUACAGUGAAUUAUAAGUGAAAUAAUCUGUCUGUAAACAAUUGUUGGAAAAAUUGCUUGUGUCAUGCACAAAGUAGAUGUCCUAACCGACUUGCCAAAACUAUAGUUUGUUAAAAAGACAUUUGUGGAGUGGUUGAAAAAUGAGUUUUAAUGACUCCAACCUAAGUGUAUGUAAACUUCCGACUUCAACUGUACUUCUCUUAAAAGCUGAGAAUAGCACGACAUCCUUUCUUGGAACCCUAACCCCUGCAGUAGCAUUAAGUACCAAUGUACACUAUACAGUGGGGGAAAAAGUAUUUAGUCAGCCACCAAUUGUGCAAGUUCUCCCACUUAAAAAGAUGAGAGAGGCCUGUAAUUUUCAUCAUAGGUACACGUCAACUAUGACAGACAAAAUGAGAAUUUUUUUUCCAGAAAAUCACAUUGUAGGAUUUUUAAUGAAUUUAUUUGCAAAUUAUGGUGGAAAAUAAGUAUUUGGUCAAUAACAAAAGUUUCUCAAUACUUUGUUAUAUACCCUUUGUUGGCAAUGACACAGGUCAAACGUUUUCUGUAAGUCUUCACAAGGUUUUCACACACUGUUGCUGGUAUUUUGGCCCAUUCCUCCAUGCAGAUCUCCUCUAGAGCAGUGAUGUUUUGGGGCUGUCGCUGGGCAACACGGACUUUCAACUCCCUCCAAAGAUUUUCUAUGGGGUUGAGAUCUGGAGACUGGCUAGGCCACUCCAGGACCUUGAAAUGCUUCUUACGAAGCCACUCCUUCGUUGCCCGGGCGGUGUGUUUGGGAUCAUUGUCAUGCUGAAAGACCCAGCCACAUUUCAUCUUCAAUGCCCUUGCUGAUGGAAGGAGGUUUUCACUCAAAAUCUCACGAUACAUGGCCCCAUUCAUUCAUUCCUUUACACGGAUCAGUCGUCCUGGUCCCUUUGCAGAAAAACAGCCCCAAAGCAUGAUGUUUCCACCCCCAUGCUUCACAGUAGGUAUGCUGUUCUUUGGAUGCAACUUAGCAUUCUUUGUCCUCCAAACACAACGAGUUGAGUUUUUACCAAAAAGUUCUAUUUUGGUUUCAUCUGACCAUAUGACAUUCUCCCAAUCCUCUUCUGGAUCAUCCAAAUGCACUCUAGCAAACUUCAGACGGGCCUGGACAUGUACUGGCUUAAGCAGGGGGACACGUCUGGCACUGCAGGAUUUGAGUCCCUGGCGGCGUAGUGUGUUACUGAUGGUAGGCUUUGUUACUUUGGUCCCAGCUCUCUGCAGGUCAUUCACUAGGUCUCCCCCGUGUGGUUCUGGGAUUUUUGCUCACCGUUCUUGUGAUCAUUUUGACCCCACGGGGUGAGAUCUUGCGUGGAGCCCCAGAUCGAGGGAGAUUAUCAGUGGUCUUGUAUGUCUUCCAUUUCCUAAUAAUUGCUCCCACAGUUGAUUUCUUCAAACCAAGCUGCUUACCUAUUGCAGAUUCAGUCUUCCCAGCCUGGUGCAGGUCUACAAUUUUGUUUCUCGUGUCCUUUGACAGCUCUUUGGUCUUGGCCAUAGUGGAGUUAGGAGUGUGACUGUUUGAGGUUGUGGACAGGUGUCUUUUAUACUGAUAACAAGUUCAAACAGGUGCCAUUAAUACAGGUAACGAGUGGAGGACAGAGGAGCCUCUUAAAGAAGAAGUUACAGGCCUGUGAGAGCCAGAAAUCUUGCUUGUUUGUAGGUGACCAAAUACUUAUUUUCCACCAUAAUUUGCAAAUAAAUUCAUUAAAAAUCCUACAAUGUGAUUUUCUGGAUUUCUUUUUCUCAAUUUGUCUGUCAUAGUUGACGUGUACCUAUGAUGAAAAUUACAGGCCUCUCUCAUCUUUUUAAGUUGGAGAACUUGCACAAUUGGUGGCUGACUAAAUACUUUUUUCCCCCCACUGUAUAUACAAAAGUAUGUGGAUACCCCUUCAAAUUAGUGGAUACGGCUAAUUUAGCCACACCCUUUGUUGACAGGUGUAUAAAAUCGAGCACACAGCAAUGCAAUCUCCAUACAUUUACAUUUUUAGUCAUUUAGCAGACGCUCUUAUCCAGAGCGACUUACAUGAGCAAUUAGGGUUAAGUGCCUUGCUCAAGGACAAACACUGGCAGAAUGGCCUUACUGAAGAGCUCAGUGAUUUCAAUGUGGCACUGUCAUAGGAUGCCACCUUUCCAACAAGUCUGUUCGUCAAAUUUUUGCCCUGCUAGAGCUGCCCCGGUCAACUGUAAAUGUCCUCAGGGAUCCACCCCCCCCCCCCCCCCCCCCCACUACACGGACCAGUAGCUAACUCUACUACUAAACUCCCCUUCAGGGAUCUCUUGUUCCAUCUCGUUACCCAGGGGGCUUGAGGAGGAAGUGGAAACACUGUGUUUCCAGAAGGAGACCCAUAUAAACAGUGGGGUCAGUGAGCUAGCACAGCAGGGAUGAGAGCCGUUGCAUAUCUGUCCCAACGACCCAAUGCAGACUGGAGGGCCCUUAAGGACAGACUGACUGCUAAUGGGAGACGAGUCCCCGUCUCGAGGGAAAUGUGUAUGAUGUAACAUCCUGCUAACAAGGGGUUGAUAAUGAAGGGGGUUUUGGAGGAGAGGAGUGUCCCAAAUCGCACCCUAUUCCCUAAAGAGUAAACUACUUUUGACCAGGGCCUUAUGGAGGGAAUAGGUCCUAGUCUUUAGGGAUUAUUAGCCUGCUCACAGCUAUAUCCUCUGUCCUGUAGCUAACAUUACAUUCUCCAUAGUGUAGGAGUUCAUUAGCUGCACAGACUGCUUGAGUUGGGGGGGUGGUGGUGUCCAUAGUAACACCACCAGUAACCAUAGUAACCCUGUCCUCUCUCCCAACCACAGCAGGUCCCAGUAGCGAACGGCACAUCCUCCCCAACCCCGGCCCCCUGCUCCUCAGCCAAGUGUGAGGUGAAGUUGGAGCUGGCCUUCGAGUAUCUGAUGAGCAAAGACCGCCUCCAGUGGGUCACCAUCACCAGCCCACAGGUCAGAGGUUAGGGUUUAGAGGUCAGGGGUCAGGGCAGGGGCAAUCCGGAGUCACCAAGAGGGGAUAGGAGUUCGUGACCUCUGCUGCUAAUGAAUGAAAUAUCUAGAGUUAGAGUGGUGUGUGUGUGUGUGUGUGUGUGUGUGUCUAAUGCCUGGUCUGUGUUUUCAGGCGAUCAUGAUGAGCAUCUGUCUUCAGUCGAUGGUCGAUGAGCUGAUGGUGAAGAAGUCAGGAGGCAGCAUCAAGAAGGUGAUGGGGACAGAUACAACAACUGGCCUUAACUAGUCUGCCACGUUCUGACUUCCUGUAUUAAUUAUGUCUUGUUCAGAUGCUGAGGAAACGUCACAAUGGCUCCCUACAUCGGUCUGAAAGUCAGCAAGCUGUGAAAUCCCCCCCUCUACUGGUGAGAACAGGGAAAUCAUGCCACUAUGAUUAUGCCGGAGAACACAUUUAGCCGUUUGAAUGGAAAGGUCUUCUAGUUGUUUGACCAUGUUUGUGACCUGCCUCUCCCCUGCAGGACUCUCCUGACCCAAACCGAGACCAGAUUGUCAAACUCUCAGUGAGUAACAUUUCUGCUUUGAUCUAAAUCACAGGAUCUCCGUGGUUGAGUCUCUGAUUUAGGUGGUUUGGGGUCGAUGUGGAAAUGUGACUGUUGCUCUAUCAAUACCUCUCUCUUUUUCUCUCUCUCUCUCUCUCUCGGUCUCUCGGUCUCUCUGUCUCUCUGUCUCUCUGUCUCUCUGUCUCUCUGUCUCUCUGUCUCUCUGUCUCUCUGUCUCUCUGUCUCUCUGUCUCUCUCUCUCUCUCUCUCUCUCUCUCUCUCUCUCUCAGACUAAGCUGAGCUCUGUGUCGCUCAGAGGGAUCAGUGCCUCCAACUCAGCCAAUGACAUCAGCGGCAACGAUUUCCAUGGCAACUACGCCUUCGAGGGGAUCGGGGACGACGACCUG